AUGAAAAUUUUCAAAUUAUUUUUAUUUUUAUUGAUUUUAUUUUUUAUAAAUUUAUUUUUUGUAAAAUCAAGCUUUAAAAAUGAUGAAAAUUUCAACAUACCCUUAAAUGUCUUAUUUAAUAAAGGAAAGCAUAUUAGAAAAAGAUUAUGUAAUGAAUGCUUUUAUAAAAAUGAAGUAAAUUUAAUAUUUAAUAGUUGUAAAGCACUUGAAAAUGUUAAAUAUAACAAAAUAAAUGGAAGAAAAAUAAUGUAUUUUAUUAAAGAAUCACCAAGAAUUAUUAGAAGGUAUGUUUCUAUCAAAUCAAAGUCAAAUAUAUAUGAAAUACUUUCUAUGAAAUUUUUAAAAAUAUUUCUUUUAAAUAAAGCUACAUUAUUAUUAAAGGAAUUAAGUUCAUUAAAAUAUACAUAUUUAAGAUACAAGUACACAAAAAGUAUACUAGGUUAUUUUCAGACAAUUCUUUUAAGAUUUCUUGUUGUUUAUGCUAUUCAGUUAUGUUCUUCUUUUCUAUUAUUUCAUUACUUUAAUAUGAUUUCUCAAAAAAUUCAAGCAUAUAUUCUUUUUAUAAGUGGGUCAAAAAUUAGCUCUAGAAUUAUUGGAUUUCUUGAAAUAAAUUUAAUUAAUUAUUAUAUAAACAUUUUUAGCGAAAUUAUUCAAAUUCUCAUAAUUAGAAUAUUGUUUAAUCAAAAUGAAGUAUGCUUAAUUAAGACAAUAUUAUAUAAUAGCGAAGAUUAUUUAGUAUAUACAAAUUUAACAAAUAAAUAUGCUAUAUUAUAUCAAUGUGCAAAAAAAUUUAUUGCUACUAGAAUUAAUAAACUAAGUUUAUUUACUUUCAAUUAUUUGCGUUAUUUUGUCUUAACAAAUUUGUUCUUUAAAUUCUUCGACGGAACAUAUAAUAAAUUUUCUCCAAGUGAUGUAAAAAUGCCAGGUGUAUAUUCUGAUACAAAAAAAAGUCUUGAAAAAGAUAUGAAAUAUGCGACAAAAAAAGAAAUUGAUAUUUUAAGGGAUUUUUGUAAAAAAAUGGGAUGCCACACAUGUGGAGUAACUUGUUAUGAAAAAUUUAUUGGAGAUCAUCAACCCCCAAUACAAGUUAUUAAAGACAUGAUAGAAUAUUAUAAAAAAAGAAAAAUCAGAUUAUAUUUUCUUAAAUUAUUUAAAUUAUAUGAUACAAAACAACGUCUAUAUCCUCAAUGUAUAAAAUGUUCCCAAAUACAAUCUGCUUCAGUAAGAUGUAAAAAAUUAAGAUUAAUACCUCAUUAUAAUACUAUUAGAAUAUUUCAUUUUUCUACUAUUUUUCAUUUGUUCCUUAAAAUGGUUUUAUUAACAAACUGGAGAAAAAUCGUUUUUUGGGAUGGAGAAAAUGUGUAG